UUCAACACUACUAUAUAACAAAUAAUUUGAGCAAUGAUUUACUAACUGCAUAAUGAAGCCAUACCCAGUUUGGGUUGAACAAAUUCAAGACAAAGAUAAAGCAGAUGAGCAAGAUUGCAUUGUUUAUGGUGUUGCUGCUAAACCAGAUGGGACAAAAGUAAUUGCAGCAACGAGUAACUUUGUUCGGGUGUACAAUGCUGUGAAUGGAGAGUUUAUUGCUCCUUUGAAAGGUCACAAAGAUGCUGUUUAUUGUGUUUGCUACAACAGAGAUGGCUCUCGCUUUGCAUCAGGAGGAGCAGAUAAGACUGUUAUAAUCUGGACAGACGAGUUGGUGGGUAUCCUCAAGUACCAGCAUAACGAGGCAAUUCAAUCAGUUUGCUACAACCCUGUAACCAGCCAUCUCAUCAGCUGUACCUCCAUCGACUUUGGUAUCUGGUCUCCUGAGCAGAAAUCAGUAAUAAAACACAAGGUUUCUAACAAGAUAACCACAAGUAGUUGGACUAAGGAUGGACAGUACGCUGCGCUGGGUUUCUACUCUGGUCAAAUCAGCAUCAGAGCACUUAAAGGAGGUGAAGAACGUGUGAAGAUAGACCGGCCCGGGGGAGCACCAAUCUGGUGUAUAGCUUGGAACCCUGCCAAAACAGAGGCAGUUGACAUAAUGGCUGUGGCUGAUUGGAACCAGAAACUCUCAUUCUACCAACUAAACGGCAGACAAGUUGGGAAAGACAGACAUCUGGGAUAUGAUCCAGGUUGCUUGAGAUGGUAUCCCGGGGGAGAGUAUCUGCUAAUUGGGGGGUCUAACAAAGAAGUAGGUCUCUACACCAAGGAAGGGAUCUACCUCACUAAGAUAGUGGAUAUGGGAUCCUGGGCCUGGUGUGUGGAUGUGUUCCCUUCACAAAACUACAUCAUUGCUGGCAGUCAUGACGGAUCUAUCAAAGUGACUCAACUCAACUUUAACACUGUACACGGACUUUAUAAAGACCGUUACGCCUUCAGAGAGAACAUGACGGAUGUUAUCAUACAGAAUCUCUUACAAGACCAGAAAGUGAAGAUAAAGUGCAGGGAUUGGGUUAAGAAAGUAGCUAUCUACAAGUUCAGAUUAGCAGUACAACUACCUGAUAAGAUAAUUGUAUACGAGCUGUAUUCGGAUGACGUGUCCGACAUGCAUUAUCGUGUAAAAGACAAAAUCAUGCAGCGUUUUGACUGUAAUCUGCUUGUCGUCACCGCACAUCACAUCUUGCUGUGUAAAGACCACAGAUUGCAAGCUUAUGCUUUCAGUGGUGCUAAGGAAAGGGAGUGGGUGCUCGAAGCAAAUAUUAGGUACAUCAAGGUUAUCGGAGGCCCUCCUGGUAAAGAGGGAUUACUGGUUGGGCUACGAAGUGGACAAGUUUUGAAAAUAUUCGUAGACAAUCCCUUCCCAAUGCUGAUCAUCAAGCAGCCACAAUGCAUUAGAUGUAUUGACAUUAGUAUGGGACGUGACAAACUCGCAAUAAUUGACGAAACACAGACAUGCUCCGUGUACGAUAUCAAGACAAAGAAACUGCUCUUCCAGGAACCGAACGCGACCAGCUUGGCAUGGAACACGCACAACGGUGAUAUGAUGUGCUUCUCUAGUAACGGUUAUCUGAACAUUAAAGCGAGCAACUUUCCCGUCCAUCAGAGAAAGAUGCAGGGCUAUGUAGUAGGGUUCUCAGGAAGCAAGAUAUUCUGCUUACAGAACCUGACUAUGCAAGCUGUGGACGUACCCCAAAGUGCUCCAAUGAAUCAGUAUAUUGAAAAGAAAAUGUUCCACACUGCUUAUAAUGUGGCGUGUUUAGGAGUAACUAACAAUGACUGGUUGAAUUUAGCUAAUGAAGCACUGGAGAAUUUGAACCUGGAAGUGGCUAAGAAUGCGUUUACAAGAGUAAGAGAGUUGCGGUAUUUGGAGUUUAUCUCUAAUAUCGAGGAGAGAAAGCAAUCUAAAGCAGCUGAAACAACAAACAAUCUAAUUCUUGCUGACUACUAUGCUUUUAAAGGCGAGUUUCAGGAGGCAGCCAAGAUGUACAAGAAGUCAGGUAACGAGGACAAGGCCAUGGCCAUGUUCAGUGACCUGCGACAGUUUGAAAACGCCAAGGAUUUCCUUACCUCCUCAGAUCCUAAAAACAUAAAAGGGCUGAUAAAGCGACAAGCAGAGUGGUGCAAAUCUACCAACGAUCCCGGCUCUGCUAUAGACCUGUUUAUGGCAGCUUCAGCGUUCACUGAAGCUAUUGAAAUAGCGGGCAAACAGAAAUGGCCAGAUAAGUUGGUGGAAAUAAUGAGACAGCUUGACAAGUCAUUUGUAGAGGAGCUGAGGGGUUGUGCCCUACAUUUCAAGGAGCUGGGAAAAUAUGAGUUUGCGGCUGAGUCUUAUCAGAAACUUGGGGAACUGAGUUCAUUGGUGGAGUUGUACAUUGAGUCUCAUCAGUGGCAAGAAGCCUUUACUUUAUGUGAAGAUCACCCAGAAUUCAAGGAAUCUGUGUACAUUCCUUAUGCGAACUUCUUAGCUGAAAACGAUAAAUUUGACGAAGCUCAGGAGGCUUACUAUAUAGCUGGUAAGCCCACGGAAGCGGUGAAGGUAUUGGAAAAGCUAACACACAACGCUGUUGCGGAAAGGAGAUUCGAUGAUGCUUCUUAUUACUUUUGGAAACUGUCCAUGGCGUAUCUAAAGCUGGCGAACCAGGCACAAACCAGAGGCAGUGUAGAUGUUAAUAAAUACUUGAAUGUGCGAUGGAGUAAAUGUAAUAUGGCAUGGACGAAGGGAAAGGGUACUUAUACUGGGAUUAGCGACGUGCUUCAUGGAAGCGAAGAAGAAGUAAACCAGUAUUUGGACAAGUUCCAAGAUUACCAGCACCGUGCAGAGAUGUACUACGUGUACCAGACCCUACACCGGUACACCGAGGAGCCCUUCACGUCACACCUUCCUGAGGCACUGUUUAACAUGGCACGCUUUCUACUUCAUAACUUGUCACAGGAAAUUCCUUACGGAGUGUCCAAAGUGUCGAUACUGUAUGCUCUAGCGAAACAGAGUAAGAACAUGGGUGCAUACAAGAUGGCUCGCCAUGCGUUUGACAAACUACAACAGCUGGUCAUACCACGCAGAUUCCAGCAAGCGAUUGACCUGAGCAGUAUCACAAUUCGAUCCAAACCUUUUCAGGACAAAGAGGAGUUGCUACCAAUGUGUUCCAAGUGUUCUACAACUAACCCACUUCUAAACCAAAUGGGAAACCAAUGCAUCAACUGUCAACAACCAUUCGUACACUCAUUUUACGCUUUUGAAGUUUUGCCCCUUGUCGAGUUCAUCCCUGAAAAUGGUAUCAGUGAUUUGGAAGCGGUAAAACUGAUCAAUCAAGAUCCCCCGACAAGUGGUGGCAAGGGAUGGCAGGAAUCAAAUCAAGGAGAUGUUCAGACAAUGUCAUUCGAGAAUCCUAAUGCGUCGCGAUACGAGGAAGGUGAUACUUUUGAGACGAGAUUACAGAAUUGGGAAUCUAUGACGUCAUACCAACCAGUGGAAGUUGGUCCGGAAAUAUUGAAGAAGAUGCCGAGAUCAGAAGUUGUUGUUCUGAAGUGGGGCUCGCCACUGAGAUAUCAGUUUUAUAAGAACUUAAUGCCUGAUAUCAUUUUGGAUACCUGUGACAGUUGUAACCGUAUCUUCUAUGCUGAUGAUUUGGAGUUACAAUAUCUCCAAAAGCAAGCAUGUCCAUUUUGUAGGAAGAGUGUUGCUCAGCCUGAAGCAGCUGUAGCUGAAUAAAUAUCUUCUUUUUGGGGUUAAACGGGGAAGACUUUGGAAGAGUGGAAUUUGUUGAAGUUCCGAUGUAUUUUGAAAAUGUGUAAUUAUGUCGACUCUGUAAAUUAGAUAUUUGUAUUUUCAUCUGUACCUGGUUGAUCCAGUUUAUUUUGAGUAAUUCUGAGA